AUGACCGCAGAGGACAAGUCUCAGGCAGCGGCCCCGGCCGCCGCCUCCCCCGGCGCGCUAGCCCGCGCCCUCAUCCUCCUGCAGCUCCUCUCCCGCCUGCUAACCUUCGGCCUCAACCAGGUACUCGUCCGCCUCGCGCCGCCAAGCGUGUUCGGUACCGCUGCGAUCCAGUUUGAUCUGGUCGCGUCGACGAUUCUGUUCCUCUCGCGCGAGGGGGUGCGGAAUGCGCUUUUGCGGGGCGGCGGCAGCGGCGCGGAGCGGAGCGACGCGUCGAAGCAGGACGACGACGCCGCCGAGGCCCGCGACCGCGGCGACCGCCUGAGCGCGCCAGAUGCAGCACUCGCUGCCCUCCCCCUGCGCCUCGGGCUCGGCGUCGCCAGCGCCGCCGUCGCGCUGUACCUGUACACCGCGCCCAGCUCCACCACGUCCCAGGCCGACUUCUACCCCGCGCUCGCGCUGUACGUCGCCGCGGCGCUCGCCGAGCUGUCCGUCGAGCCGCUGUACGUGCGCGCGCUGCGCGCGAGCAACAUCCGCGUGCGUGUCCAAGCAGAAGGGGGCAUGGCGAUCGUGCGCGCCGUCGUGGCGUGUGCUUGCCUUGUCGCGGACCGGAGCGGGACGCACGCGCUGCUUGGGUUCGCGGCGGGACACUUUGCCGGCGCUGCGUGGCUCGCUGGGCGGUAUUUGUGGGAGUAUGGCGCGCCGGCACUGCUGUCGACAAGCUCCUACAACCCCACGACGUACGCCCUCGCCCUCGCCAACACGCGCCAGAGCGUAGUCAAGCACGUGUUGACAGAGGCCGACCGUAUUGCGGUCGGAUACAUCUCGCCGCUCGGCGACCAGGGCGGGUACGCCGUGGCCAUGAACUAUGGCUCGCUCGUCGCGCGAAUCAUCUUCCAGCCAGUCGAGGAGACGCUCCUGCUGCACUGGUCGCGCGCCCUAGAUGCCCCGGCCACAGUGCCACUGCUCACACUUGCCCUCCGCCUCUCGAGCCACCUCGCGCUCCUGCUGCCCGUGUUUGUUCCGCCGCUGCUGCCACUCGUGCUCCCGUUCCUCCUGCCUCGGCGGUACACGGCCGAGACGAGCGCGGGGCUCACGCUCCAGACGUACCUCGCGGCCUACCUCCCGCUGCUGAGUCUCAACGGCAUCCUCGAGGCGUUCCACGCGGCGAGUGCCACGCCGGCGCAGGUGGCGCGCCAGGCAAAAGUCAUGAUCGCGAGUUCGGGCGUGUUCGCCCUCUGCCUGUGGGCGCUGGCGCGGGGAACUAUCGUCGCGGUGACUACCGAGCAGGCGCUCAUCUACGCGUCGUGCAGCGCCAUGCUCGUGCGUAUCGCUUAUGCGCUCGUGCACGCGCGUGCCGUCGUCAGGCAGCAGCAGCCGGGCUCGGCAUUCCUCAAGAUCGGUACCGUGCUGCCAAAGUGGCCCGUACGGAUCGCGGUUGUGGUGCUGGGCGGGCUGGUGUGGGCUGCAAGUGCCCGUCUUGCGCGCCUUGGCGACAACCCCGGGCCGUCGUUACGCAACCAGGUACUCCUGCUCGCCCUCGGCGGUGGGGCGGGCGCCAUUGUGCUCGGACUAAUCUUUGUUGUUGAAAAGGCCGAUAUCGCAGCUGUUGGUCGGGCACUCAAGGCAAGCAGCACUGGCAGCACUGGCAAAGUAGACUAGACAAUAGAG